AUGGACAAGUCCCUCCUGCUGGGACUCCUUGUCCUGCUCUGCUGCUUUAGGGUGCUAUCUGGAUCGCUUCUACGCAGAGAUAAUGCAGACCAACAAAUUGUUCAGUGCAGGAUGUGCCACCUCCAGUUCCCAGGAGAAAAGUGCUCCCGAGGAAGAGGAAUAUGUACUGCAACAACAGAAGAGGCCUGCACAGUGGGGAGGAUUUUCAAAAAGAACGGAACUCCCUGGCUGACCUUCAUGGGCUGCCUGAAGAACUGUGCCAACGUGAAAAACAUAAAGUGGAGUGUCUAUUUGGUGACUUUCAUGUGCUGCAGGGGCCACGACCUGUGCAAUGAAAAUCUUUAG